CAUCAGUGGAGGAGCGGAGAGCGGUGGCGCACGGAGACACGGACCGGGAGGAAAAACUUAUACUAUAAAUCAACCAGGACUUUUCUAUUUCUCUGCAUUAUUCUUCACAUCCUUUUGGCAUUUUUUAGGACUGCUUGUUUUUUACCCUCACACUGUCCGGAUUUGACUUGUGACAGCGCUGAAUGAAAGGGAGCGAGACAAGGAGCCGGAGAGAUCAGCGGGGAGGAGACUAGUCUGUACGCGGAGAGGAGAGUGAGUCUCCGGGCAGCGGCUGUGCGUCUUUGCGCGGUGGGGAUCCAGAAGCGAGCUGGACUGCGCUGUGCUUCUCCCCCAGCGUACGUAAAAAGGGGCUUUUCUGGGGGGGGAAUAACUUGACUUGCUUUUUUGGGGGCAUUUGGUUUCAUUUGAACAGAACCGGAGGAAGCCUGUCGGAUCGUAGGCUGCACUCUGCUCCACGCAUGUUGGAAGUGGAGAGCGGAGGGCUGGAUGCCUGCGGGUUUGCGAGUCCUCAAGACGCAGCCAAGGAUUACCUCCAGCCAGGGCAUCAUUUGACGGAGUAAAAAAAAAAAAAAAAAGGAGUGGGUCGUUUCUUCAUAUAUCUUGGCUUCUUUGGAAAGGAUAUGGCACGGUCGGCGCUGGAGAGAAGAGCGCAACCGGCACAGGCGAGAGGAAACAGGAGCUGAAUGACAGGAUGCCAGCGACCUGAGCCCCGCACUCAAACUUCGUUUUAAAAAAAACAAAGACACUUCUGCUUUAUUUGUCGAGUUAAGAGGAGGAGAAAAGAAUACUUGACAAAAAACAAUCUGUCGGAGGAGUUUAAUUUCGGAGUUUUUUUGUAUGCGUAAUUUUAUUUUUUUGGUGAGAAAACAAGGAUGCAUUGUGGAUUAGUCUUUCUCCUGUUCAUGGGAAUCCUUUUGGUGGUCAAGGCAUUCAGAAACGAUAAAUGUGGAGGCAACAUCAGAAUCUCAACCGCCAACUACCUCACCUCGCCCGGAUACCCCAUGUCUUAUCCCUCUUCUCAGAGAUGUGUGUGGGUGAUAUCUGCGCCUGGUCCUCACCAGCGGAUCCUCAUCAACUUCAAUCCGCAUUUCGAUCUGGAGGACCGGGAGUGCAAGUAUGACUAUGUGGAGGUGCGGGAUGGCGUGGACGAGAGCGGUCAGCUUGUGGGGAAGUACUGCGGGAAGAUCGCUCCAUCUCCGGUCGUCUCCUCUGGAAACCAACUUUUCAUCAAGUUUGUGUCUGACUACGAGACGCACGGAGCAGGUUUCUCCAUCCGAUAUGAGAUCUUCAAGACAGGUCCUGAAUGCUCCAGGAACUUCACCUCCAACAGCGGUGUCAUAAAGUCGCCAGGUUUCCCAGAAAAAUACCCCAACAACCUGGACUGCACUUUCAUGAUCUUCGCCCCCAAGAUGUCUGAGAUCAUUUUGGAGUUUGAGAGCUUUGAGCUGGAGCCCGACCCGACGCCCCCUACUGGUGUAUUCUGCCGAUAUGACAGACUGGAGAUCUGGGAUGGCUUCCCUGGAGUUGGUCCAUACAUCGGGAGGUACUGUGGGCAGAACACCCCGGGCAGGAUCAUCUCCUACACGGGCAUCCUGGCACUGACAAUCAACACUGACAGCGCCAUCGCUAAGGAAGGCUUUUCAGCCAACUUCACCGUCAUCGAAAGGACCGUUCCAGAAGACUUUGACUGCAGGGACCCUUUGGGAAUGGAAUCAGGAGAAGUAACAUCGGACCAAAUCAUGGCCUCAUCCCAGUACAACCCCAGCUGGUCCCCAGAGCGCUCCAGACUCAACUACUAUGAAAAUGCAUGGACGCCAGCAGAGGACUCAAAUAAAGAGUGGAUACAGGUGGAUCUUGGGUUCCUGCGAUUCGUCUCAGCCAUUGGCACCCAGGGCGCCAUUUCCCAGGAAACCCGGAAGAUUUACUUUGUCAAGUCCUACAAAGUGGACGUCAGCUCUAAUGGGGAGGACUGGAUUACUUUGAAAGAAGGCUCCAAACAAAAGGUUUUCCAAGGCAACACCAACCCAACAGACGUUGCCAAGACAAUGCUGCCCAAACCCACGCUGACGCGCUUCGUCCGGAUCCGUCCCGUUACCUGGGAAACAGGCAUCGCACUGCGCUUCGAGGUGUAUGGAUGUAAGAUAUCAGAGUACCCUUGCUCGGGCAUGCUGGGCAUGGUAUCAGGUUUGAUCACCGACAACCAGAUCACUGCAUCCUCUCACACGGACCGGAGCUGGGUACCAGAGAACGCCCGCCUGCUGACCAGCAGGACGGGGUGGACCCUGCUGCCUCAGCCACAGCCCUUCACCAGCGAAUGGCUGCAGGUGGAUCUGGGUGAGGAGAAGCUGGUGAAGGGGAUGAUCAUCCAGGGGGGGAAGCACCGUGAGAACAAAGUCUUCAUGAAGAAGUUCCGCCUCGGCUACAGCAACAAUGGCUCCGACUGGAGGAUGGUGUUGGACACCAGCGGGAACAAGCCAAAGAUAUUUGAAGGGAACAGCAACUAUGACACACCUGAGCUGAGGACGGUGGAGCCCCUGCUGACUCGUUUCAUCAGGAUUUACCCAGAGAGGGCCACUCCUGCUGGCAUGGGCUUGCGACUCGAGCUCCUGGGCUGCGAGAUUGAAGCCCCAACACUCCCACCUACCACGCUAGCUCCGAGCACUACCCCUUCGGACGAGUGUGACGACGACCAGGCGAGCUGCCACAGCGGCACAGGUGAUGACUACGACGUGACAGGUGCCACCACAAUGCCAGAAACCACUACUACUGAAGUAGAUACAAUCCCAGCUUUUCUGUGGUUUGCCUGUGACUUUGGCUGGGCCAAUGACCCGUCCUUCUGCAGCUGGACGUCAGAGGACACUGGUUCUAGAUGGCAGAUCCAGUCCAGUGGCACCCCCACCCUCAACACUGGACCUAACAUGGACCACACAGGUGGAUCAGGGAACUUCAUCUACACAUUAGCGACAAGCCCCCAGGAGACGGAGGUGGCUCGGCUGGUCAGCCCCGUGGUCAGCUCCCCGGACUCAGACCUGUGUGUGUCCUUUUGGUACCACAUGUUUGGGCCACACAUUGGCACACUGCAUAUCAAACAGCGCAAACAGACAGUUGACGGACCGGCUGACAUCCUGCUGUGGACGAUCAGUGGUCACCAAGGCAACCGCUGGAGGGAAGGUCGAGUCCUUGUGCCUCGCGCCAACAAACCCUUUCAGGUGGUGAUCGAAGGUCUGGUGGAGAGAAAGAGCUGGGGAGACAUUGCUGUGGAUGACAUUAAGGUUCUCAAUGGACUCAGCAUGGCAGACUGUAAAGAUCCUGACGUACCCACUGAGCCGAUGCUACCGGAGGAUCGCCUCAAUGAAAUCCUUGAGGAAAUCACUGAAUACCCAGACUUUGUGGAGACCAAUCAGAUUAGUGGAGCAGGCAACAUGCUGAAGACGCUCGACCCCAUCCUCAUCACCAUCAUCGCCAUGUCUGCCCUGGGGGUCUUCCUGGGUGCCAUCUGCGGCGUGGUCUUGUACUGCGCCUGCUCACACGGAGGCAUGUCGGACAGGAACUUAUCAGCCCUGGAGAACUAUAACUUUGAGCUAGUGGAUGGUGUGAAGCUAAAGAAGGACAAACUCAAUGUACAGAGCUCAUACUCAGAGGCGUGAGCUGGGACUGAGUGAAUUCUUGUGACUUUAUGACGUGCAGAGCUCGCAGAGCCUGCACAAGACUGGCAUAUCCUCUCGUAUAUCCACGAGUAGGCAGGCUCAAAGGACUGCCAACACCCUCAACUCGCUGGAUGAGGGUCAGGUUCAGGAACCAAUGGGAGGUUUGGACUGAUCCACGCUUUUCUCAGGAGCUGCAGUAAAAAGAACCUACCAGUAGGGGACACUGUGUACAAAUAAAAUACAGAAAAAAAUAUGUACAGAUGAUUUAGAUGAUAUUUUAAUUUUCUAUUUUGAUUUUCAUUCAUUUUUACAAUCGGAUGCUGGUGUUGAGACCAAUUUAUUAAUAAUGUUUAAAGUAUUUAUCGUUUUCUGGGAAGAUUUUUUUUUUUAUUAUCAGUUCAUGAAGGCUGUUGUUUAUUUGAAGUUUUGAAAGAGACGUAUCAAAAUCCUAAAUGAACCAUAUCCGGCAAAACUGUAGAUUUGCCCCGUGGUGAGGCAUACAGGGUGUGCCCAUAACCCAUGACCCUGAAACAUGUACCCUUUCCCCUUUGACCUCUAUCACUCUAAAGUGAGGGUCCCAUUCAUGGCAAUGUAUGGUUCUGACAGUGCCUUUAGUACAUUUUGGUUGGCCUCCUCUGUUGAUCUGGGUGUUUUUUACUGUACUUGGCUUAAGUUAUGAUGACAGGAAACAGGGGAACAUUAUCGUAUAAAUACCUGCAGAACAGGACAACAGUCUAUCACAGCGCUUUGUUUUUGUUUUUGUUGUUUUCUGUCGAAAAACCACACACUGUAAAUAAGUUUUAAUAUAUUUUAUUGCCCUUUUUAAAGAAAGUAAAAAGGAAAAAAGCUGCAGUAUCCCUUUUUUCACGGGUUUGUGUGUGUGUAAAUACAAUCUUCUGACUGUUUUGUGGAAGGUGCAGUGUUAUGGAAUUUUAAUUUUAGAUUACUUUGCUCAGAUGAGUAAUGUCUGUGUGAUAAUACGGCGAUUUCAAUGUGCAUUCAAGCCAUCUGUCGUCAAAACACCCACUGAACCACCGAAGGACGAAUGAAUCAAAAGGUAACAAAAAAAACAGCUGACAUUCUGAACUCUUUCUCAACAAAUAUCUUCACCAUAUCUCUGCUGUGAGUUCGACUGGUCACCGGAACAUUUUUCACAUAAAACAUGCUCAUGUUGAUGGCAGAGGAGGUGGUAAAAUAUGUUAAAUGUCUGCCAGCAUACCAAAAAAACAACGAUCAUCAUAGUUUUGCUUUAGCUUGUCACCUCCAAACGUCACUGUGGAUUGUUCACUCAAGAAGUGCUCUCUGGACAAUGCAGCUUGAAUGCACUUUGUUACUGAUUCCCUCAUGAUAGGAGCCUAUUAAAAAGAGGGGUAAACACACUAACUGAAGAAUGGUGCUAUCAUUACUUUAGCCAGACACAUUUGUCUCAUGAUAAAAUAAAAAAAACCCAGUUUGUAUUGUUCACAUGCUGUAUUGUAGCUUAAGGCCUCUUGGAACGCAAAGAGUUUUUACGUGUUUCACGUGUAGCAGCCAUAACGUUGUGAUGUCAGAGCUGAUGUCAUUAGGGCGGGACACUGGUACAGCGGGGGAUCGAACGGCGCCACCUGAAUCAGGUCACCUGGCCUCCCCUCCGUGGCUUUACCAAAGGAUGGUUUCCCCCCUUCUUGUUCACUGGGGGUCUCACUUAACACACAAAAUACUAUAAGAUCACCAAUGGUCAUCACUCACAAAAGAACUGACUACUUGCUUGUCCUAUCGGAGAGAAAAUCAGGAGGGGGACGGUAGGACGCUUGUAGAGAACAGAAAUGUAUGAUGGUCUUUUUUAUCUCUUUUUAAGCUUAAAAGAAGUGCAAAUGUCACCUCAAUGUGAACUCUUGGAAUCUCUACUGAGACUCUUGUUUGCAGACGGAUGGAUGGGACAAGGACUCUGUGUGAACUCCUUGUGAGAGUGACAGUAUCAGGACACAAGGGCCCAUGGGACUUGGUGUUUUUUCCGCACCACUAUCAAACAAUCAAAAACUUGAUCCUGAGAAGGGUGACGUCUUUUACAUCUGUGUGCUUUGUAUGUCGUGCCGUGGUGAACACAUCCUCAGCUUGUUCAUUUCAGAUUUGACCUCCCACUCCUCUCUCCACCUUUCCGUCUGCGCUCACAGCUGCGGGGGACUGUAGCUCCAGCGAAACUAGAGAAAAAGGAUACUGUAGCGUGGACUCAAAACAAACAAUGUUGCACUGAUAAAUAUAUUUAAGAGGUUUAUGUGUUUAUAGCGUUCAUUUGCAAAAAAAACAGAAGAAAGUCAAAAACACAAAAAACACGUGUUCAUUUCUUUUUAUAUAUAUAUAUAAAUAUAUAUAAAUAUAGUUUCAGAUUAUGUGAUAUAAUUCUGAAAUGUAAAAAUAUUGAGAUGUUUUCAUUAUCGAAAAAGGCAUAAAAGAUUUUCCAACAGUAAUGUCCCUCCCCCUCCAUUUACAUGGCAUAUUAACGCUUCGUUUUGUACUGUCAUUAAAAUUUUGUGCAGAUUUUUUUUUUUUACAAGAACAAGAAAAUAAGACUUUUAUUUUCAAUACUGCUUCUGUAAUUUGCUGUUGUAGAAAAAAUGAAUAAACAGCAAGGCCUUAAAAAGGA